AUGACAACUUCACCUACAAAAACGAAACAAAAAUUGUCCCUGCGAAAACGCCUGUUUGUCAAGAAAUCACCGAAAGUUGGGUGCUUCGUCGAUACAGAUUCCAAUGACGAAUUCGCGCAGAGUUCGUCUCGACCUAUCUCUCCUGCGGAUCCCUUCUUAGCUCAAAGUGCUCAUAAUGCCGACCACAGCAUAGAAGCGUCGAACCAUCCAAACUCUUCAGCAGAACCACUGUAUAAUAAUGUAAGUCAUUCAGCACCCAAUUACCAUCACGAAGACGACAGUAAUCCGAAGUGCUGUCGAACAUUCUUCAGACGAUCACGCCCUAAAAGCCUCGUCGACAACCAGAUUCUUAAAGACGAGGCUCGAUCAGUAACAGGUAGUCCAGAGAAUAAUUCCAACAGCAUAAGUGAUCAAACUAUCUGUUCACAAACAAAAUCUGAAGAAAUACCUAAAGCUACAGUGAAGUUCCCUAAAAGUGAUGAUGCUAAGAAAUGCUUUGAGCACUCUGGAUCAUUUGAAGGGAUCAAACCAAAGAGUAAAUUAUUUGUUAAGAGAUUAUCAGCUGAUCAUUUGAUAUCGAAUGAGUCAAAGCCGUUGUACCGCGCCUCGUCGCCUGAGAGUGAUAGGAGUAGCUCUUUAGAUCGAAAAAGAAGAAAUUACCUAUAUGGUCGUCUUGCAUCCCAUUCUCUUCUUGGAGCUGCUGAGCUAGAGCAUGUCUUCCCAGAUAGAGAAGUCAAAAUAUUUGUCGGAACAUGGAAUAUGAAUGGACAACCACCACCCAAGGAAUUAGCUGAUUUUAUCUUCCCAAAUCAAGUGACCCAUGUACCAGAUAUAUUUGCAAUUGGAACACAAGAGUCAUUUUCAGAGCGAACAGAAUGGGAGAUAACAAUUCAGGAAGUAUUGGGACCAUCGCAUCUGUUGCUGCAUUCAUAUUAUUUAGGCACAAUUCACUUAAUGAUAUUUAUAAGAAGAGACCUCAUUUGGUUUUGUUCUCUCCCUGAAGAUGCAAGUUUGUCAGUACGACCUGGUACAGCCUUUCGAACUAAAGGAGCUGUUGCUAUCUCCUUCGCACUGUUCGGUUCCACAUUCUUAUUUGUAACGGCCCAUUUGACUGCACACCAAGAGAAGGUUAAAGAACGAGUUUCUGAUAUCAAAAGGAUAAUUAGGUCUAUAGAUUUACCAAAGAAUUUGCCCUGUCGGCAUAAAAGUAAAGACGUCACAAAUAAUUUCGACUACGUGUUUUGGUGUGGAGACUUAAACUUCAGAUUGGGGGAACCUAGAGCUGCGCUGAUGCGAUGGAUAGAACAAACUGAAUUCCCGUUACCACAUCACCUGCCGCAUGGGCUACUUCAUGCGGAUCAGUUGACUGCGGUCUUAGAAGAUGGAGCAGCCUUCCGAGACUUUAGGGAGGCACCCAUCACCUUUCCUCCUACUUACAAGUACGAUCCUGGCAGUCAACAAUUUGACACGUCGAGCAAACAAAGAGCACCGGCUUACACAGACAGGAUAUUGUACAAAGCGAGAUCGAUGACCACUAAUUCGUCAUCUGCGUUUUCCGUGGUUGCAGGUCUGCGGCGGAUCAGCUCGGUGCCAGUUACGUCUGGCGUCAAAUGCUUGGCGUACAACAGCGUGCAAUCUGUGUGUACCAGCGACCAUAAGCCGGUUUGGGGACUGUUCUCAACUAUGCUGCGACCAGGGACUGAUGUCGUACCCUUAGCAGCUGGUUUGUUCAACCGCGAAGUUUAUCUCGAAGGUAUCAAGCGUAGAAGAGCUCUCCUCGACCAUGCUCCAGGCACUUCCGCGGUCCUGAGAGGAGAGAUGACUGCGACAGAAUAUUUACAAGAAAGAAUUCUCAAAAGUACUGUUGUAUGCAACAUCUUAAAUAUAAGGUGAACAGACUGGCAGUUUACGCCAUUUAUACAGAUAACAAAUAUAUUUUUAUUUCAUAAAGUCGUUGCUUAUGGUUGCUGAAUGAUUUUAAUAAAGUCAGUAUGUAUGUGCCUAUUCGCUAGAGCAAUUUAUAGUAGAUUUUUUGUCGCAGUUAUCUAGUCUUUAGUAUUAAAUGCAUUAAUAAAUUAUGAUUUUCAUUCAAUGAAAUAAUUGUAUUGUCAUAAUGUGAAAUAUAUUGCUAGUCCAUAUUUUAUAGAUAUACUUAAGUUAUUAACUUACUUAAGACAAACAAAUGUUAUGCUAAAUAUAGUUAACUUUCCUCGCUAAUCUGUGUUUAAUUUACACCAUCAAACAUAAAAAUAAAACAUUGCUAUCUAAAUUAAUUAUUUGACUUCAUAAUUAUAAUAAUGUCUUUAAUUAAUUCGAUUUGGUUUCGUACAACAAUCUCUACUCAUUUCAGUAUUGUUUAUUUUUCACUAUGCAAUGCAUAGUAAAGCAACAAGCAACGCAACCUAAUCAAUUCUCAAAUAAAUAAUUAAACACAUAACGCUCACAAGGUAAGUACUACAAAAAU